UGACUUUUGCCAUGAUGAUCUAUAUAUUUUAUCUGCCUGUGGAGCAAUCCAUGCAAAAUAAAGGACACAAGUUCACGCUCUCCACCACUGCUUUCAUUUCAGACAGACCACAGCAUUCUGCACACUUUUCAGGAUUUGAAUAUUUGUCGAUCUUGAUUCCUUCGAGGGCUGUGGGGAAGAUGGCUUCUUGGGAGCUGCUGGUUUGGUAUUGUAAACCAGUGGCCAAUAGAGUAUCUGCAAAAGAACUAGACACCACAUUUGGAGCAUACACCCCUUGUGCCAUUGACUCUCUGGUGAUUUGUUUAUCUUAUUCGGUGCUCUGUGGGCUGUGCUUCUACCGGAUUUGGUUGAUUGAGGAUCCGAAAGCUGAAAAGUACCGUCUAAGGACAAAUUACUACAACUACAUACUAGGAUUGUUUGCUGCUUAUUGCACUGCUGAGCCUAUAUUCAGGCUGCUAAUGGAUAUUUCAUUCUUUGACCUGGAGGGCGAGACUGGCGUUGCACCCUUUGAGAUGGCUUCUUUAGUCAUUGAGGCCCUCUGCUGGUGCUCCAUGCUCAUUAUGAUUAGCUUGGAAGUCAAAAUAUAUGUCCAGAAGUUCCGAUGGUAUGUGAGAUUUGGAGUCAUUUAUGUGUUGAUAGCGGAAUGCGUAGUGCUAAGUUUCAUCCUGCCAGUGAGUGAUAAAGCCACCAGAUUGCCCUUCUACAUGUGUGUGGGCACGUUUAUAUGCAAGGUUUUAUUCGGAAUUCUUCUUUUGUUUCAUGUGCCCACCUUGGAUCCAUUCCCUGGUUAUGUUAUGUUGGAACCUGAGUCCAAUGGCAAUGGUGAGUAUGAGGCCCUCCCUGGAGAAGAGCAGGUUUGUCCUGAGAGGCACGCAAAUCUCUUUUCCCGUAUAUAUUUUGGAUGGAUGACCUCACUUAUGCGGCAAGGCUACCAGAAACCCAUCACUGAAAAGGAUGUCUGGAAAUUAGACGCAUGGGAUCAGACUGAAACACUGAUUAAUAAAUUCCAGAAAUGCUGGAUUGAAGAAUCUGAAAAGAAAAACCCAUGGCUGUUAAGAGCUCUAAAUAAUAGCCUUGGAGCAAGGUUUUGGCUGGGAGGACUAUUUAAGAUUUUCAACGAUCUUUCUCAAUUUGUGGGGCCUGUUAUCUUGAACCAUCUCUUACAGUCAAUGCAGCAUGGGGAUCCUGUUUGGAUCGGUUGUGCAUAUACUUUCUCAAUUUUUGUUGGUGUGUUGCUCGGAGUGGUCACUGAACCUCAAUACUUUCAGAAUGUGAUGCGCACUGGCUUUCGCCUGAAGUCAACUCUGGUGGCUGCCAUAUUCCGAAAAUCCUUGGGACUAACUCAUGAGGCCCGCAAGAGUUUCCCAACUGGGAAGAUCACAAAUAUAAUCACAACAGAUGUCAAUACAAUCCAGCAAAUAUGCCAACAACUUCACAAUCUGUGGUCAGCGCCAUUCAGAAUAACCUUGUCUAUGAUCCUUCUCUACCAACAAUUGGGUAUUGCUUCUCUCCUUGGAUUGUUACUCCUCAUUCUCAUGAUCCCUGUACAGACAGUGGUGAGUAGCAAAAUGAAACAACUAACGAAGGAAGGAUUGCAAAGGACAGAUAGGAGGGUCGGCCUCAUGAAUGAAAUCCUUGCAGCAAUGGAAACUUUGAAAUGUUAUGCAUGGGAGAAAAGCUUUCAGAAUAGAGUUCAAGGCCUACGGGAUGAUGAACUGUUGCGGUUUCGCAGGGCCCAGUUGCUUGCUGCUUUCAAUAGUUUUCUGCUCAACAGCAUGCCAGUUGUUGUGACAUUGGUUUCAUUUGGAACUUUCACUUUACUUGGAGGAGACUUGACACCUGCUAGGGCAUUUACAUCCCUCUCUCUGUUUCAAGUGCUACGAUAUCCUUUGAACAUGCUUCCUAACUUAUUAAGCCAGGUUGUAACUGCAAAUGUCUCCAUCCAACGGUUGGAGGAACUAUUUAUGGCAGAAGAGAGGACUCUGGCAUUGAAUCCACAACUUGAGCCAGGAGUUCCAGCCAUCUCUAUCAAGAAUGGACACUUUUCAUGGGAGUCAAAGGCAGAGAAGCCUACAUUGUCAAAUAUCAAUUUAGAUAUACCAGCUGGAAGCUUAGUUGCAAUUGUUGGUGGGACUGGAGAAGGAAAGACGUCGCUUGUCUCAGCAAUGCUUGGAGAACUUCCUGCUGUAGCAGAUACUAGUGUUGUAAUUAGAGGAACUGUUGCUUACGUUCCUCAAGUUUCAUGGAUUUUCAAUGCUACUCUGCGCGACAAUAUAUUGUUUGGAUCUGCAUUUGAACCUGAGAGAUACUGGAGAACAAUUGAUGUGUCUGCAUUACACCAUGAUCUCAACAUACUUCCUGGCCAUGAUCUCACAGAGAUAGGAGAAAGAGGAGUGAAUAUCAGUGGUGGUCAAAGGCAAAGGGUUUCAAUAGCUAGGGCCUUCUAUUCCAAUUCAGACGUAUACAUAUUUGAUGACCCUUUAAGUGCCCUAGAUGCUCACGUUGGUCACCAGGUAUUCAACAAAUGCAUCAAGAAAGAGUUGCAAGGCAAAACAAGGGUUCUUGUGACAAACCAGCUACAUUUUCUUCCUCAAGUAGAUAAGAUCAUUGUUGUGGGUGAAGGAACAGUUAAGGAGGAGGGAACCUUUGAGAAGCUCUCCAAAAGUGGCACGUUAUUCCAAAAGUUGAUGGAAAAUGCUUGGAAGAUGGAAGAAAUGCAUGAAGAACAGGAGGUGGCGGAAGAACGACAAAACAACAAAAAUGUGGAGCAUGGAAGGUCGAAACCCACAAUUAAUGGAGUGCAUGAACUGAUUCGGAAUACAGGCUAUACUGAUGGCAGAGGGAUAAUGCUUAUCAAGCAAGAGGAGAGGGAGACUGGCACAGUCAGCUGGAAAGUCUUGGACAGGUACACGACUGCAUUAGGGGGCAGACUGGUUGUUAUGGUAUUGUUCACAUGCUACACAUUGAUUGAAGUUCUUCGAGUUUCAAGCAGUCGAUGGUUAGGCAUUUGGACAAAUCAAAGCAGUUCAGAAAGUUACAAUCUACCGUAUUUCCUCUCCAUUUAUGCGCUUCUGUCACUGUGCCAGGUAAGUCUUACACUGGGAACCUCUUAUUGGUUGAUCAUUGCAAGUCUACGUGCAGCCAAAAGACUCCAUGAUUCCAUGCUAGACACCAUCCUACGUGCUCCAAUGCUCUUCUUCCACACUAACCCGCUUGGAAGGGUAAUUAACAGGUUUGCAAAGGAUCUUGGGGAAAUAGAUCACAACGUUGCUGGCUUUGCCAACAUGUUUCUGAACCAAGUCUGGCUGCUCCUUUCCACAUUUGCCUUGAUAGCCAUCGUCAGCACUCUGUCUUUGUGGGCUGUAAUGCCAUCUUUCAUCUUGUUUUAUUCUGCCUAUCUAUACUAUCAGACAACAUCCCGUGAAGUGCAACGCCUGGAGUCCAUAACCAGAUCACCUGUAUAUGCACAGUUCGGAGAAGCACUCAAUGGCCUGUCCAGCAUCCGUGCAUACAAGGCCUAUGAUCGGAUGGCCGACAUCAAUGGCAAAGCAAUGGACAACAACACGAGAUUCACCCUCGUCAUCAUCAGCUCCCAUCGCUGGCUCACCAUAAGAGUGGAAACACUGGGAGCAGUCAUGAUCUGGUUGAUAGCCACCUUCGCUGUCUUGGAGAAUCAAAAGGCCAAAAACAGGAUUGCAUUUGCGUCUACCACGGGCCUACUGUUGACCUACGCUCUGAACAUCACCAGCCUGUUGAGCGCAGCUCUGAGGCAGGCUAGCCGAGCUGAGAACAGCUUCAAUGCUGUAGAGCGCGUGGGUGCUUACAUGGAGUUGCCCUCAGAGGCUCCUGCUGUUAUCGAGAGCAAUCGUCCACCAUCUGGUUGGCCCUCAUCAGGAUCGAUCGAGUUUUCGGAUGUUGUCCUGCGUUAUAGGGCAGAAAUUCCACCAGUGUUGCAUGGACUGUCGUUUGUAGUUGCUCCCAGUGAGAAGCUUGGUGUGGUUGGGAGAACUGGAGCAGGGAAGUCCAGCAUGCUGAAUGCAUUGUUCAGAAUUGUGGAGGUGGAGAGGGGAGAGAUCGUGAUUGAUGGAUGUGAUGUUGGGAAAAUUGGGCUCAUGGAUCUUAGGAAAGUUGUUACUAUCAUACCACAAGUACCAGUUAUUUUCUCCGGAACUGUGAGACUAAAUCUGGAUCCAUUUAGUGAACAUAAUGAUGCAGAACUCUGGGAGGCACUGGAAAGGGCACAUCUAAAGGAUGUCAUAAGGAGCAAUCCUUUUGGGCUGGAUGCUGAGGUUCUGGAGGGUGGAGAGAACUUCAGUGUUGGACAGAGACAAUUAUUGAGUCUUGCUCGAGCAUUGUUGCGAAGAUCGAAAAUUUUUGUACUUGAUGAAGCUACUGCUGCUGUUGAUGUGAGAACUGAUGCUCUCAUACAAAAAACAAUCAGAGAAGAGUUCAAGUCUUGCACAAUGCUCGUAAUUGCUCACAGACUGAAUACCAUCAUCGACUGCGACAGAAUUCUCGUGCUUGAUGAUGGACGGGUAAAAGAGCAUGCAACUCCAGAGGAACUGCUGUCGAAUGAAGAGAGUGCAUUCUACAAGACGGUGCUCAGUACUGGAUCAGCCAAUGCUCAAUACUUGCUCAACUGUGUGUUUGAAAGUGCCAAGAGAGCAAGGUUAACUGGAAUGAAAAGAUCAAGAACCUAGAGACACAGAGGAAAUGGAUUUCUUCCUUGAGAUUUCUUCCUUGAGAUAGGCAGUUGCUGCUUAGUUUGCAUUAGCCGUUAGUCUCACUGCUUCAACAAAUGAUCUUCAAAGUUUGGUUUCCAGAGAUGCAAUGACAUUCUCUGGGGGAACGAUGAGUAGGCUGGCUAGAACAGGAAUCCAGUUUCAGCAUACGAAUUAGAGAAUGAGCCCCUGGACUGGGACACUGACAAAAACUAGAAUACAGCAAGAAAAAUGGUUUCUUUGACACUUACUAGACUAGAUUGUUACAACUUCAUAGUUGAUUGAAUGAACGUAGAGGCGUACCCUAUGAACAGAUGUGUAAUGUAAUGGAAGUUUUGAGCAGUGGGCUGUCACCAAACUAUCUGGUCUUCAUUGAUUAUACUAGUUUUUACAUAAUGGAAGAGUUUCCAAUGGAUUUCUACACUCAAUAUAUGGCUUGGAAGGCUUCUGCAAAGAACAUUCAUGAACUCUGGCUCACUAUAUCACCCUUGGUUCAUGGAGUUUUCAGGUGGAUCACAUUGAACUUCUGGUUUACCCUGGUGGGUUCGAACAGCUCGAAGUGCCUGGACAGAAGCCCCUGAGAACUUUGUUAACGCCUGGAAUACAAGUGGGAGGCUAGUUUUCAGGUUGUUCAGAGUCAUGGCUCGGGUGACCUGGACUGAGUUCAAAUAUUUGGCCUUCUCAAUCUCAGCUCUCUUCUUUGAGUCUUCAGUUUUGACAAGUUUAACAGACAAAGGGUGCUUAGGGCUCAGAUUGGGAGUUGCAUCAUCUCCAUCAGGAAUACUCCAGUCAAAUCUCUUCUGCAUUUCAGCAAGUGACAUCAGUUCUUUCUGCAGCCUUCUCUCCAACUUCUCCGAUUUUCUUUGCAGGCUCAGUUCCUCUGCCUGCUGCUGCACUAUCGCUUGGAUGGAUGAUAAAAAGCCCUUUAUGGCCUCUGAUGCCACCUGCAGAAAGGGCUUGGUCAGAAUGGCAGAAACAGCUUUUCUUGAAGUAUUUUUUUCACCUUCCUAAUAGCCGUCAGGAGCCCACCACUAGACGAAUUACAGAGGGUGUGUUUAGUUCAACUUUACUAAUCAAGGGCGCAAGUUGGUUAAAAUUGAAAGUUUAGAAGCUUGUUUGUUAGUCGAGACAAAGUACAGGGGGCCUGAAUGCUACACAACCUCUUGGAAACACUUAUGCAAUUGAAGACUUGUUAGAGGUGGUUACCUUGUCAGGCAUUUUGUCAAAGCCGAGUUUCCAUUCUUCACAAAGCUUGUGAACAGCAGGUGAUUGAGCACUUGGUGGUUGUUGGUCAUCCACAAGGCAGCUAGUGAGUUGGACCCACCUGCAUAGGGUCGUCACGUAUUCCUCUUGGGAUCGCACAAGUCUGCAGAAGCUGUGGUACCAUGAGAUAAUCUCGGCCUCGAGCUGAGCUGUCGCUUGGCGAUGGAACUCGGUUGCUGAUUCCACCCCUUGAUUAUCGUUUAGGUGAUUCAUUUGUUGGGAGAUGUGAUUCUGAACUUGAUGACAUGCAUACAUUGUCCUCCACAUGCUCUUCAGCCUGGUGAACCAAAAUCAAAUCGAAAGAUUGUAUCAUCAAAUCAGUACUUCAUUGCACAUUGUUCAGAGAAAUUAGUAUCUCUGACAAGCACGGAUUAUUACCCAGCAACUAAUGCAAUGAGUUGAGGGUACAGCUCCACAUCAAUGAGUUCCAAUAUGCAAGAACAACCUCCACUUAUAGAAUGUUGGAGUCUUCUUAAGUCCGACUCCAACUCUUCAACACUUGAUCUAAUCUUUUCCGACUUGUUCCAAUCAUGGUUCUCUUGUUCUAGUUUUGCUAGUAAAAUGGACUUCUUCUUAAACUCCAAUUUGGUUAUCUCUUCUUCCUUAACUUCCUUGUAAAGUUUCUGCUCUGCAGCAUAAAGCUUCUCAAGGGUAAUGCAGUGAGCUCCAGGUUUGCAAGGUUCACUAGUACUAAAGACCUCAGUGAAGUCCCUAGGUGGCUGUAAUGACCUAGAAGACCAGCUCCAUGACAAUGCACUGAACACCUUAGCAGAAUUGCUCCUCUUCCAUUUGUUUUCUCUGGAACUAUGUGAGAGAGAAGUGUCCCCUCUGGAGAUAUCCAUAAGAAUAGCUAUUUCCUUCCCGCCAGCUGAUGCUUUGAGGAAAUAGUCAUCUAAAUCUCUCACAAUAGCCUCCAAUGUCUUCCUGCGCCUCCACUGAACCAUACUCAUAUCGGCAGUGUCCUUCGUCUGCCAGCUCGUCAUGGAUGAGUUAUCAUCAACCAAUUCCACAGGAAGACGACGACAAUGCUGCUGCUGUCUCGGCUGCUGCUGACUUGGAACCGUAUUACUGGGACCUGCCGCCCCACUAACUUCCUCUCCUCCAUGUUCUUCCUCAUCAAACUCAGUCUUGGUCUCAGCCCAAGUCUCCUCCUCCAUUGCUGAUUCCACUAUCUCGCCACUCUCCUCGUGAUCCGGCAAAGAAUGAGGCUCAAGGAAGGGAUCCCAAUAGUUCCACGAUGAUGAGCUCUCAGGAGGAGGUGGUGGAGUUCCUCCUCUAUCGCCCUCAUCAUCAAUUGCCAUGCUCUCUUCGUGAGAAGCUAAGUGGUCGGUAGUAACUUCUUGUUCUUGUUCUUCUUUUGGGUUAUUAUCACUGCUGGACUUCCUUGAAUCAGGACUGAAAGGGAGUGGCGGUGGGGAAGGAGGCAACUGAAGUGGUGGCGAUGGAGGCAGUGCCAAGCCAAUGCCAUAGGAGGUGCUCUCAGUAUCCAAUGACUCAGAUUCAGUGAACUGCCUAAGGGUCACACCUGUAUUCCUGAGUGCUCUCAAGUAAGCCAGUAGAGAAUCAGCAAAUUCACCUCUGAAUCCCACCAACUGUCUCAUCAGCUUCCUUCUCUCUUUACAAAUCCUAACUCUUUCUUCCUCAUCAAUCCUUGAUGCCACACAACCCAUCUUUUUAGGGUACGAUUGAAGAGAUUCCUGAAUAUUAUUGAACCUUCAAAAUACAACCCCAAGGUUGGAAAGGAAUACUUGGAGAAAACCUCCCUUUUCCCCUUAGUUAUGAUUUAUGAAUCUUAGAUAGAAAGUACCUCAGUGCAAAAAGAAAACAAAACCUAACCGGCUAACUGAGCUAUUCACAGUUUUAGCAUGCCAUUUUAGCAAACAAGUGUGGGACUUGAAGGGGGGAAGAAAGGGAGAAGAAUCCCUCUUGAAGAAGAGACCAAUGGGCUCCAAAACAACCUCUAACUUACAGAUUAACAACACAAAAUAAAAUUUCCAAGUGGGUUUUGCAGUUCUAAAGAAGAGAAGCAGUGGGCAUUAGAGCUGCAUGGAUUUGAGUAGCUCCAAGAGAAAAACCAGAGAGAUCCAAGGUGAAAACUUCUCACCCUCUCAAGUUAGAGAAAAUGGUGUAGCCCAACUGUUAAAAAGAUCCAAACUUUCUCACUUCCAGCUUGAUCCCAACAUUCUAUACCCUCCCAUCUACUCCAUUUCCCAGCUGUUCAACUUCAAAAGAGGACAGAGCACCAGAGACCCAGAAUCGCCGCUGCUGCAAAACCAGGAGCAUGGAAGAGAGUGAGUAGUGAGUUAAACAAAUGAAACGUCAUGGUCUCAAGAGAGGGAGAAACCAGAGAUAGAGUGGUAAAUGGUAAUGGAAAAGAUAAUAAGGGAGGAGAAGAGACAGGAAAACAAGGAGAACUGACAUGGAAACUGGUGAAAGGAAGCAGGGAAAGAAGAGAAUGGGAUUUUUAGAGGCUAAUGUAAUGUUGGUCUCUUUAUCUCUCUGUGUACUGCUCCCCUGCUCAAUUAAUAAUAAACAAAUUCACAUGCUCAUCCGUUUUCUCCUUUUUUCAACUUUGCUGAGUAGAUAUUAAAUGCAAGAUGAAGGUGGCUGGAGAACGAAGAAGAAGAAGCA